UUGUCAGUUACAUUGUGAUCAGAUGGUUAACUGUGACUUUUUAAGUCUUUCUGUCAUUUAUAGACAGUUGUUGUACUCUGAUAAAUCUCCAAUUAUCCUGGGGAACUGGGUAAGAAAGUAAAGAAUCUUAAGGAAACCUGAUGCUUCAUCAAAAGUUUAACAAGAGGAUUAGUUACUGAAUGGGCUGGUGAAUAUAGUUGUAAUGUUUAUGUUUCUAUCUGAAACAUUACAAGCUGUUAAUUUGUGUUUUCCAGAUACAAAGAAACCCUUCCCCUCAAACUAAUUAUGACUUACAGCAAUUUGGUAAAUUACACCUUUGUAAGCAGAAUUGAAAGAUUUCUCUUUUCUCUCUACCUGACCCCUCCAGAGAUUGGAAACUCUUGGGUUCCCAGCAGCUUUAUCAGAUAAAUUAGAAAGGCCACCUCCUAAUAGGUGCAGGAAUCUGAAGGUAUUUUUGUGGACCUUAAAAAGGGAGGAAUUCACCUAAAUCUGAGGCAGAAUCUGUGACAAGCCCUUGGCUUUGCUUUCCUGGUCUGGGGAAGCCUUUAAUCAAUUAAUCAGACUUAAUGUGCAGACAAAUUAAUCUUGCUUUGACUAUAUUGGUAAAAAUGAGGGUAACUUUAGACAGAAAGUGAUGCUUCAAUGGACAUCAAAAUCUAAUUCUGUUUAUUGAGGUCUAUAUUCACUAAGACUCACUUCUUAGAUAGUUUUUGCUGUUAUGUUAUAUUGUUGUAAAGUUUUAAUUGAAUUAUUAAAAGGACACUUUAAAUUUGUUUCUGAAGCUUAACUCAGUAAUCUGUCUUUGGACGAAGCUCAGAUGCUCCAUGAUCUGCAACUGGGAGGUUAACACCAGGUUAUGGUCAUUUAAAUUUAAAGGCAACUUUAUUUGGGGACAAUUAAACCAUACUAGAGAUAACCAGCCUAGUAACACUAGGAAACUGGGCUGGGUGCCUUAUGGAUAGUGCCAAUAUAUUAUUUCCCUUAAAGAUAAAGAUUGGUACAGAACAGACUAAGAAAACCUGGGAUAUACUGGGCUGCACCUAAUGGAAAUUCUUGACUUAAAUUCUUACUUGUGAGCUUACUAAUACUGCUAGCUAUAUUAUUUUUUUAAUAAAUAAAUUUAUUUAUUUAUGUCUGCAUUGGGUCUUCGUUGCUGCACACGGGCUUUCUCCAGUUGCAGCAAGCGGGGGCUACUCUUCGUUGUGGUGCACUGGCUUCUCAUUGCGGUGGCUUCUCUUGUUGUGGAGCAUGGGCUCUGAGCUCACAGGCUGCAGUAGUUGUGGCAUGCAGGCUCAGUAGUUGUGGCUCUAGAGUGCAGGCUCAUUAGUUGUGGUGCACGGGCUUAGCUGCUCCACGGUAUGUGGGAUCUUCCUGGACCAGGGCUCAAACCCGUGUCCCCUGCAUUGGCAGGCAGAUUCUUAACUACUGCACUGCCAUGGAAGUCCCUAUAUUAUUUUUUAUAUUGAGUGUUUUACAGAAUUGUUGUUCUUUGUAUUACCAAAUGUGUGAUUGAGCCUCUGAUAAAAUGAUGACAUAUAGUUCCAUAUAAGAUCAGUGAUGGUAAUAGUAACUCUAGAUAUGGGAAGAAGCAACAAGAGGGAAUAUUUUCGUGGACCAUAAAAGACUAGUAAGACAGGUGGUCCAGAGAUUUUUGGCUACUGUGAAUAAGGCCUAGUCUAGUAAUAGCACAUUGAGUGGCCUAUCAGUGAAAUCUUUGCCCGACCUGGGAAUGAUCAUUCCUAGCACCAUGGGACGAAGUGGUCAUGAAGUGCCCCCGAAACCAUGGUUGAAUUUAUGACUCUGAAGGGGCCCUGCCAAAUGAAGACUGUCACUUGCCGUAUGCUUAUGCAAGGAUUAGGUCAAUGGCCACUGCAGCCACUGACCUUAACAUACCCUGAAAGGAGUUCAGGGUGGAGAUCAGGAAUGAGGCACUCUGUGCUCUGGGAAAAACUGGUAGAACAGGCCUGCAGAUCGUUAGAUACUUUCAAGAGAAGACUUUAUGAGCCCAAAUUCUUCCAUCUUCUCAUAUCUAGAAAAGCUCUAAAAUCAUUAACAGUGACAUCUGCUUUGGCCAUUAAAGAGAGAAGUGCAACUGAAAGUCAAAAUGGAGUAGCUGUGAUUCAGACAUCCAGGGUAAUACUAGGUGGCAUUAUGGGCAUGAUUUCAGACAAGUCCUUGUAUUGCUAAGAACUUGAGUUUUCUGAGCUGUGUCAGACUUGGGAUGCCACCAGCCAUUCGCAAAAAAAUGUCUGCUGGCAGCUGGUAGCUGCAACCUUAUGGUUUCAAGGUAUCCUCUUGUAACUACUAAAUUUUUAGAAAAUGAAAUUGUUUUAGAUCAGAUAGUAGUAGAAAAAAGAGAUGUGUAGUGGCCAAUAGCUCCUGUUAUGUACAUAUUAAUACCAUAUCUGAAGUUAAAACCUACUUAGAUUAGAUAAGAAUAAACAACUGGCUACCUGGUUACAAGUCUCUCCAAAGUGCGAGGUCCAGACUGGGUUUCCGGCUUACUCUUCUGAAUUCCUCAGGGAAUGAGAUUUAUUUUGUCUCUUAAAAUUCCAGUUGUCACUCGUCCAAAUACUUCUUUUUUUAAUUAAUUAAUUAAUUAACUUAUUUAUUUUUGGCUGCGUUGGGUCUUGGUUGCUGCGUGCGGGCUUUCUCUAGUUGCAGCGAGUGGGAGCUACUCUUUGUUGUGGCGUGCAGGCUUCUCAUUGCAGUGGCUUCUCUUGUUGUGGAGCACAGGCUCUAGGUGCAUGGGCUUCAAUAGUUGUGGCACGUGGGCUCAGUAGUUGUGGCUCAUGGGCUCUAGAGCACAGGCUCAUUAGUUGUGACGCACGGGCUUAGUUGCUCUGCGGCAUGUGGGACCUUCCUGAACCAGGGCUUGAACCCACAUCCCCUGCGUUGGCAGGCAGAUUCUUAACCACUGCACCACCAGGGAAGUCCCCAACUACUUCUAAUUGGGUCUAUUACACCAAAAUGGCGGACCAAGGGAUUGAGAUUUUAAUUUUUUUUUAAAUUUAUUUUUGGCUGUUUUGGGUCUUUGUUGCUGCGCGUGGGCUUUCUCUAGUUGUGACGAGCAGGGGCUACUUUUCGUUGCGGUGCGCAGGCUUCUUAGUGCGGUGGCUUCUCUUGUUGCGGAGCACGGGCUCUAGGUGCGUGGGCUUCAGUAGUUGCAGCACUCAGGCUCAGUAGUUGUGGCAUGCAGGCCCUAGGGGAUUGAGAUUUUAAUCAUACAAGACUCAGAUCCAGGACUUGGAACUCAGGAAUAUUUCCAACUCGGUGUCUAUUUUCCAAAUUGAGGCGGGACUAGUCCCCCUUUUAGCAGGGAGUGGCCAGAGUUGUUGUACCCCAGUUCCCUGAAUUGAAACUGAGCAGGACUCUGUUGGCUCUGGAGUACAAAUCCUUUCUGUGUCCCCUAUUUCUUGUUUGUAGGAAUAGGCUUCAUUCAGCCUCCUUGACCUUCCCUGAGUUCCAAAGAGCAGAUUCAAACAGUUGCUAAUCAGGGAAUGGUGGGGAUAUAUAGAAACAGGGGAGGAACAGUCAAGUGAUGGUAUGGCCUUGGGGCGGGGUCCUGGUUCCUCCUCAAGGAGUAUGCAUAACAAUCUCUCUGAGUUCUUCUGCAGGAACUAAGGCCCCCACCCAGGUGAAGCAUGGUAACUUCAGGCUGAGCACAAGACUCUUGGAGCACCGCCCUGUUACCUCACUACCAACUGAUCAGAAAAAAGUCACAGACACUGCAGCUCUCACCCCAAAUUUUGCCUUCCUCUUCUGGGCCCGGCAAUGACCAUCCUGUUCAGCCUCCUGUUUGGCCCUUGUCUAUUUCAGCUGCUAACAAGGUUCAUCUCUGAUAGGGUCCAACAGUUUCAGGCUAAACUGUUGUUACUAUGAGGGUGAAUGCUGAUUUGGGGCACAGAAUACCUCGAUUUAAAUCAGGUGGAGAGAGUGGGACUUCCCUGGUGGCACAGUGCUUAAGAAUCCACCUGCCAAUGCAGGAGACACGGGUUUGAUCCCUGGUCCAGGAAGAUCCCACAUGCCGUGGAGCAGCUAAGCCUGUGUGCCACAACUACUGAGCCUGUGCUCUAGAGCCUGCGAGCCACAACUACUGAAGUCUGUGCACCCUAGAGCCUGCACGCCAUAACUACUGAGCCUGUGUCCUGAAACUACUGAAGCCCAUACAUCUAGAGCCCGUGUUCUGCAACAAGAGAAGCCACGGCAAUGAGAAGCCUGUGCACCGCAACAAACAGUAGCCCCCACUUGCCGCAACUAGAGAAAGCCCGCAUGCAGCAACGAAGACCCAAUGCGGAUCAAUCAAUCAAUCAAUCAAUCAGGUGGAGAAAGACUUCUAUUCCACUAGGCAGGACUACACCCACUCUCAUCAGGAAGUAGUUACAGAAGAAAGAGACCUCUGCCCCAAUUCCCAAGAAGUAUCUUGAGUAUGAAGUCUCUCUGGGGGAGUUGUUAGGGGAACCACUGACUGAAACCACCCGCCCUAGCCAGGCACCAUAGUAACCACUUACAUGAGUUCUUUUACAACAGGAGGUCCUGGUAAGGAAUGCGGAACUAACAAGCUACCACCAACCAGAAGAAUUUGGGAAAGGUCAAAAGGAGAGAGGAGACACCAGUCCAUAUGUCCUACCAACCUCCCAGAAUCCUUCUCGCUGGAAUCCAUCCUGGCUGAGUGAUGCACACGCCACCAGGAAGGACCCUGAGUCAGAGUGAUUGGCCAGAGACAACCAGGAAACUAACCCUAUUACCAUAAAACCCGAGGCUGCGAGCCACAUAGCAGAGCAGUUCUCCUGGGUUCCCUUACCCUGCUGCUCUCCGCCCGGGCGCCCCUUCCCAAUAAAGUCUCUUGCUUUGUCAGCACAUGUGUCUCCUUGGACAGUUCAUUUCCAAGUGUUAGACAAGAGCCUACUCUCAGACCCUGGAAGGGGACCCCUUUCCUACAACAGGUUGAUUGAGAGAAGGAAGGAUUAACUACUUGCAUCAAGUAAGGAGAACACUGAGGAUCUUUCCCAAAGCAGUGUCUCCCCAAACACCAAAACUGGGGAAGAAGUGUUGGCUGGAGAGAAACUAGGUCCAGUUGGAGGGGCGCUAGCAUGCUGCCACUAAUGCGAGGUGGAAAGUUCUUCACUGGGGAGCUGACUGCUGUGCUGUGGGAACACAGCUGAUGGUGAGACCAUUCUGAAAGGCCUCCAGUCCAUUUUCCAGGAGCAGGGGAUGAUGGAGUCGGUGCACACCUGGCAGGACCAUGGCUAUUUAGCGACCUACGUAAACAAAAACGGCAGCUUUGCCAAUUUGAGAAUUUACCCGCAUGGAUUGGUGUUGCUGGACCUUCAGAGUUACGACGGUGAUGCACAAGGCAAAGAAGUUGACAGUCUUUUGAACAAAGUAGAAGAAAGAAUGAAAGAAUUGAGUCAGGACAGUACUGAGCGGGUGAAGCGAUUACCACCCAUAGUUCGAGGAGGGGCCAUUGACAGAUACUGGCCCACUGCAGAUGGCCGCCUGGUUGAGUACGACAUAGAUGAAGUGGUGUAUGAUGAAGACUCACCUUACCAGAACAUUAAAAUUUUACACUCAAAACAAUUUGGAAAUAUUCUCAUCCUCAGUGGGGAUGUUAAUUUGGCGGAAAGUGAUCUGGCGUAUACCCGGGCCAUCAUGGGCAGCGGCAAAGAAGAUUACACUGGCAAAGAUGUACUGAUUCUAGGAGGCGGAGAUGGGGGCAUAUUAUGUGAAAUUGUCAAACUGAAACCAAAGAUGGUCACUAUGGUAGAGAUUGACCAAAUGGUGAUUGACGGAUGUAAGAAAUACAUGCGAAAAACAUGUGGUGAUGUCCUAGACAAUCUUAAAGGAGACUGCUAUCAGGUUCUAAUAGAAGACUGUAUUCCAGUACUGAAGAGGUACGCCAAAGAAGGGAGAGAGUUUGAUUAUGUGAUUAAUGAUUUGACAGCUGUUCCAAUCUCCACAUCUCCGGAAGAAGAUUCCACAUGGGAGUUUCUCAGACUGAUUCUUGACCUCUCAAUGAAAGUAUUGAAACAGGAUGGGAAAUAUUUUACACAGGGAAACUGUGUCAAUUUGACUGAAGCCCUGUCACUCUAUGAAGAACAGCUGGGGCACCUGUAUUGUCCUGUGGAAUUCUCGAAGGAGAUCGUCUGUGUCCCUUCAUACUUGGAAUUGUGGGUAUUUUACACUGUUUGGAAGAAAGCUAAACCUUGAAAAUCAAUUUCCCCUAAUCAUGUGUGCUGCAAAUAGCCUUCCUGACCUUCAUAUGCUGUACAUGACAUCGAAAGGAGUCAGGCAAUUAGUUGUGAAUUCCUUCAAGUUUCCUUUUUUUAAUUAUUUUUUAAUUUAAAAAUCAAAUGGAAAAUGUAUAUUUUGGUGAACUAGGGUGUUAUUUUUUUGAAGGAUGAUUAGACAGCACAGUGAAGGCUGCUAAAUGCACUGAACCUCUAGAAUGUGAUUUUUGUUUUUGUUUUUGUUUUUCUGUGUGGGCUUCUUUUGUUUCUGUUUUGGUAGACUUCGAAUUUGAUUGUUUGGAAGAAUGAACAUCAUUGUUUUCUUCUGGAGGGAAGCUCUUGACGGGAGUUUCUUUUCCCCCCAAAUUGAUAUAGGUAUUAAAAUUUGGUGCUUAUAAGGAAAGACUUUAAAAAAUGAAUAGCAAUGCUUUCGAUUAAAAUUACAAAUGAGAAA